AUGUCUGGCCGAGGCAAGCAGGGUGGGAAAGCUCAUGCCAAGGGCAAGUCCCGCUCUUUGCGCGCUGGGCUUCAGUUCCCCGUGGGUCGCGUUCACCGCUUGUGCCGCAAGAGCAAUUAUUCCGAGUGCGUGGGUGCUGGCACACCAGUGUAUUUGGCGGCUGUGGAGUACCUGACCGCCGAGAUCCUGGAGUUGGUGGGUAACGCAGCCCGCGAUAUAAAAAAGACUCGCAUCAUCUCGCGCCACUUGCAGCUGGCUAUUCGCAACAAUGAAGAGUUCAACAAGCUGUUAGGCCGCGUGACCAUCGCUCAGGGAGGUAUUCUUCCUAACAUCCAGGCGGUGCUGUUGCCAAAGAAGACCGAGAGGCACCACAAGGUCAAGGGCAAGUGA